AUGCCACCGCUCAAGAUCCUUAUUUCUGGUGCUGGUAUAGCAGGGCCAGCAGCAGCUUUCUGGCUCGCCCGACUGGGUCAUUCCUGCACCAUUGUCGAACGUCACUACGAGCUCCGAACUAGUGGACAACAAAUCGAUCUACGCCAACAGGGCGUCGAGGCUGCUAGGCGUAUGGGCCUGCUGGACGAGAUUCGGAAGCAUAUCGUGGACGAGGAGUGCACUAUCAUUGUGGACUCGAAAGGCAGACAACAAGCCGAGUUUGUGAAACAAAGCCAAGGGACUGGCUCCCAGAGCUUCACGAGCGAGUUUGAGAUUAUGCGGGACGAGAUAUGCAAGAUACUACAUCGAGUGACGGAGAACAGAGCAUCCUAUCGGUUUGAUCUGAUGGUCAGCGAGUUUCAAAACGAGGGCAGCAAAGUCAAAGUCACAUUCUCGGACCGGUCUGUUGAAAGUUUCGAUCUACUCAUCGUCGCCGAUGGACAAAGCUCUCGAAUUCGAAGACAACUUGUGGAGUCCGGAAAGAUUGAAGACCAGUCACGAUCCCUUGGUGUCUUCAAUGCGUACUUCAAAAUACCGCGCCAGCUUGAUGACAGAAGUGCUUGCAUCUCUGCCCACGCACCCAAUCAGCGGGCCAUGAUGACCCGCUGGCACUCGCCGACUGAGGGUUCGGCAUACUUGAUGACCAUGUCGCACCCAGAAGAAAUGAGAACCGCUCUCAAGGGCACCAUCUCUGAACAAAAAGAGCUGUUUACAAACGUGUUCGAAGAUGCUGGCUGGCAAGCACCUCGACUGAUAGACGCAAUGCGAAAGGUAGACGACUUCUACGCACAAGAAUUACUGCAGCGCAAGAGCGACGUCUGGUCUAGUGGAAGAGUUGUUCUUCUAGGAGAUGCCGGAUAUUGUCCUGCCCCAUUGACUGGUAUGGGAACAAGCCUGGCACUCGUCGGCGCUUACGUCCUUGCAGGUGAAAUCAGCCAACAUGAAAAUGACGUCCAGACCGCUUUGGCAGAGUACGAGCGGAUUUUGCGCCCGCUCGUCAAAGAGGUUCAUCAACUGCCACCAGGCAUGCCCGGACUACUGCUUCCGAAGAGUGCCUUUGGAGUAAAGGCUCUGCAAAGCACUGCGUGGAUGGUUUCUCUGCUGAAACUCGAGAAACUCACUGGACUUUUUGGAUCGGACGAGAAGAAAGCUUGGAAGUUGCCGGAGUACUCCAGGUUGAAAGACUUGUCAUAG